GUCAGACAUGGCUGUAUGGGCAUAGUUCCCUUUGCCUUACCCUUCGGGGAAAACCAAACCAAAAAAAAAAAAAUUGCAGUGACAACUUGACAAGUUCUUGCAAAGUGCAGUGAUUCGUGAUAUGAUAGAUCGAUUGUUAAAGGAAAUCAACACGAAACGCAAUAUAAAUUUGGGGAUAAUUUAUCAGGAAGUUGAACAUUUUAUAUUUUCACAAUGCCGGCGUACCAUUCUACGUUGACUGACUACAGCCAAUCUAUUGGGAAUUUGGCUAUACUGCCACUGCGUACGACUUUCAGAGGCCCCGCCCCAACGGACCCGAAGUUAGAACUCGAUAUUAUCGACGAGGCUAUCAACUACUUCAAAGCCAAUGUAUUUUUUAGGUUUUAUGAGAUUAAGUCUGAUGCAGACCGUGUACUGAUCUAUUUAACAUUAUACGUAUCGGAAUGUCUGAAGCGCCUGCAGAAAUGCUCCAAUAAGAAUCAAGGCCAGCAAGAGAUGUACAUGCUUGCUAUCUCCAAGUUUGACAUCCCCGGAGAAUACGGCUUCCCGCUCAAUGCGGUCUAUGCUAAGCCUGCUACACCUCAGGAGGCUGAUAUAAUGAGGCAAUACCUGCAACAGUUGAGACAUGAAACUGGCAAUAGAGUUUGUGAAAAGGUGUUUGCCACUGAAGAUGGCAAGCCAAGCAAGUGGUGGUUGUGCUUUGCUAAGAGGAAAUUCAUGGACAAGUCUCUCUCUGGACCGGGCCAGUGAACAGUAUUAACCAAACCAUGUACUGUCUAAGCAUUUAUUUUUACAUUCUUUUCACAAAGACUUACUUAUAACUUAAUAUUGUACAUAAUUUUAUAUUUUUCUGUGAAAACAUUUUGUUUGAA